AUGGCGCCUUCCGCCGCCAUUUUUCUCUCUCUUCUCCUUUCUUUCAUACAAGCCUCCCCGCCGAUAUUGGCCAGUCCGCUUGAUCCCAGCGCGGAGAUAAAUUGUGGAUCAACCACCCCUUGUUCCAACCCAUCUGUUCAGCAAUUGCAGCCAUCGCCGCCGCUGCCACCACCACCGUUGCCGCCUCCGAGGUUUACUUAUACAACAUUGUCGUCUCCACCACCGCCUCCGAAGUUUAUUUACACGACGGGCGUUCCCAGUGACCUAUACCAGAAUGAUGAAAAGAACCGUUGGUAUACUUCUCCGGCACAUGAAGCCGCCAGGUUUGGUAAGUGGUAA